CAGAAGAAGUGGGACAUGGUGGGCAUCCUCAUUCAAGAUGGGGAAGGAAAACCAGAGAUGCUUUCUGUUAAUAUUAGUUUGGAGAAAACUUGGGCAGUGAAGAGGCCAAGGAAUUUCUACUACAUCACUAUGUUGCGGGACCCCGUGUCACGUUACCUGAGUGAAUGGAAACAUGUUCAGAGAGGGGCCACGUGGAAAACCUCUCUCCACAUGUGUGAUGGAAGGAGCCCCACCCCAGAUGAGCUGCCUACUUGCUACCCAGGGGAUGACUGGUCUGGGGUCAGCUUGCGGGAGUUCAUGGAUUGCAGCUACAACUUGGCCAACAACCGGCAGGUGCGCAUGCUGGCUGACCUCAGCCUGGUGGGCUGCUACAACUUGACUUUCAUGAAUGAGAGUGAGCGCAAUACCAUCCUGUUGCAAAGUGCUAAGAGCAACCUGAAGAACAUGGCCUUCUUCGGGCUCACGGAGUUCCAGAGGAAGACACAGUUUCUCUUUGAGAGGACAUUCAACCUGAAGUUCAUCUCCCCUUUCACACAGUUUAACAUCACACGGGCUUCCAAUGUGGACAUCAAUGAGGGAGCCCGUCAGCACAUCGAGGAAUUGAACUUCCUGGACAUGCAGCUUUAUGAAUAUGCAAAAGAUCUCUUCCAGCAACGGUACCACCACACCAAACAGCUAGAGCACCAGAGGGACCGCCAAAAGAGGCGUGAGGAGCGGAGGCUGCAGCGAGAACACAGAGCACAUCGAUGGCCCAAAGAGGAUGGGGCCACAGAGGGGACUGUCACGGAGGAUUACAACAGCCAGGUGGUGAGAUGGUGACCCUCCGCCUGCUCCUUUUUCAUGACCGGGAGAUGAGCAGGCACCUUGUCCUGCUGUUGGAUUACACUGAAGAAGGAAGCUGGGUCAGGCUGAGGAUCUCUGGCUGUGUGUGACUUAAUUCAAAUGUCUGCUUCCUCUUCGUCUUCAAUUCAACUGGAAAUUUUCCAUCUUGUUUUCUUUUUUCCUUUUCUAGACAUUUUCUGAUCACUGAUAUAAGUGGGGUGGAAAUGUAUUGAACAGACCACUUUAGGGGGUCAGAAGAGAGGCCUCAGAAAGGAGACAGUAUAUAGUAUCUUUGACACUCACAGUGGGUCAAGUAGGGAGCCUGAGGCCCACAGAAGUACCCAGGAAAACCAAAACCAUGGCUUGUAUGCUCUGCUGAAUUCAUCACAGUGCACCCAAUAGACCAUUGGUCUGUUUAGAGAAAGAGAGAAAGACCCUUCUGCCCUUAGAUGACCCUUCUCACUCUGUGUUGAAUUUGGGAACUGUUCAAAUGAGGUUUAAAUCAUGAAUAACAUGGUUUGUCUCUGCAGAUGGUUUUAAACAAGAUUACCAUAAUACUGACCAUAACUAGAGACUCUUAGCCUACAAACUCUGACAUCAGAGCCCUAAGCCACAGGUCCACUUGAUCUUUUAGGGGAUAGGGAGUGAACACAAGGUAGGGUUGGUUAUGACCCUGAGAAAUGAACACUGAUGGGACAUUUUGGGGAACACACUUAUUUAGUAAUGACUAAGGAGAUUGUACUUUAUCAGUGUUAAUCCUCCAAGUAAAGAAUAAAUUUUUAAAAAUUAGGAGAAUGAGAGCAAAGAAAGCAGAAGAAAACCUCCAUUUCUAAGCCAGCUUUAGAACCUUAGUUGUUACAUUAAAAAAAUGUCAGACUCUUGCCUUUGUGGGGCAGACACCUUCUCAGCCAGGUUUGAAAUUCUGCUAUCACAGAAGAAAAGAUGUUUUCAAAAAUCUUGAGUUAAAGUACAGGAGCUGAACCAAUGAGGACACACAAUACAUCCCAAGUCAAUAUAUGAGUGGGGCCAGGAGCUGCAGCAUGGCAUCCGUGAGACAGUGUUAUCAGUUCAGAAGGACGCUGCAUCUGACAUUUACAGGGUGCUUAAACCGCUGUCUUCCCACACAAUCAUUGCCUGUUCCAUGGCUACAACCAGAGAAUCAAACUACAGCAUAAAACUGGACCAAAAAUAUGCUGCAUUGCCCUAGGUUCCUUGGUUUUACCCUUCCCAAGCCACAACAACAGACACUUCUGGAAAGGGAUAGGAAGGAGGGAGUAGAAAGCCUUUGCCUCACAUUCAGUGGAGGAGCAGAGUGAGUAGAAAGUUUUACAACAUGUUUGUAAGAUCAAUUCUUUCAAGCAGCUAAAGGCCAAAGGCUUGAGACCCAGAAAUCAGAGUGGAAGACCUAUUUCACUGAUAUCCUAUGUGUUUGAUGUUUAAGCCAGCUUUACACAAGCCACUUCUCAGCCUUCAGAAUGUUCUCUCUGGGGUUGAACGGCCAUCAUCUCCCAAUGUUUAUGGAGGGACUGAUGCAAGGGAGCCUAGCAUCUUUUGUAGAUUCCAAUGGAGAAGUAGCUUUGAUGUUUCUCUUACUGUGCUUGGCGUCUAGUGUACUGAAUGAAAUGAUAUCAUUGGAUGGCCUUCUUGCGUCAUGCAUGUUCUAAGAGAAGCCCCAUGCUACACCUUCAAUAUAUCCAGCAUAACAAGGUGGAUAUUGCUAGUCCUCAUUAUAUAGCUGAGAAGAUGAAGCCCACAGAUGGGAUGAGCCUUCCUUAAAGAUUGUAAGGUGGACCUAGCUGGCCACAAAGCACAAGAUCUAUAUUCAUGUAGUGCUUCCUAUGUAGGGUAAAUAUUCCUGCCAAUCAUAGAAGAAGCCAGAUGUUCUUACACUGAAGUAUUUGCUCCUGAUCCACAGAGGUGGCAUAAAGUGAUAGGUCUACACUUGCAGUAAUCCUGAGUCCUUCUCCCCUAGGGUGAGUUCCCCCCUCAUCCUUAUCUCACUGGUGAGCUGAGAGAUGGAAGACUUCUUUAGCAACCAUAAUUUUUGAGUCACACACAAAAGUAAAUUUAAAGUGGGACAAUUAAUUAUGGCUUUUUCAUUUGUACAGAUGAAGCCUCUCAAAAUAUCCAUGUAUCGCUUUAUGAUGAUUUGCUCCAGAGGAGGUAGGGAAAGGGCGAACGGCAGAGGGAUGAAAAGAACACAUUCAGUCAUUGAGAUCUAAUGUUCUGCCAAAAAUGGAAACCUGAAAACUGUGCCUCUGCCAUCAACUCUGAUACACACAUACAUACAUGCAACACACACACACACACACACACACACACACACACACACACACACACACACCCCCUCAGUGUUUUUUCAAAUGGAAAAUCAAAACAGACUAGAAAGCAUCUAAUUGAUUCUUUUAAACUCACUUUACAUUUUUAGCAAGGAAUCCUGGAAGCAGCCCCUGCUACCACCACAUUAUUCCUCUGGAAUCUUAGAGUUUGUAUCAAAAGGCUUUCCGCCACCUCAAGGCUGAGUGUAGGAUGUGUGACCCUCCCUCCACUUGGAAGCAGACAACAGAAUGAUGUGAGAAGGAGAAACCAUCUCUGUGUUGGCCCCAGGCCAGUGCUAAGUGAAUUGGAAAGACUAGCAUGGGCUCUCUCACUCAUAGAGUUCCAUUCGGAAGCAUCACAGUUGUCAUAUCCCCGGGGUCCUGCUUGAUAGAAAUGGAGAGGUGGGAUAUAGUGCAUUCUCUGAAAAUUGACUGCACAGCUCCAUGCUGGGUGAUGCUGCAGGAAGAGAUGCCAGUGGCAGACACAGGAAGCUAAGGAUGCAUAGGAACUCAUCAGCCUUAAGGUCUCAAACCAUGUUAACUCCAACUACAUAGACAGGAAAAACAAUCCCUAGAUAAUUCCACUCCUUGUGUGCUUCUCCAAUUCCCAGGCAGGUGUUUUCUCCCUUCUCUUGGCAAUUGCAGGAGAAGACAGUGGACUGGAGUACAUAUGGGUGUGUGUGUGUGUGUGUGUGUGUGUGUGUGUGUGUGUGUGUGUGUGUGUGUGUGUGUAUGUGAUGUGUCACACACAUUUUGUUCAUAUUUUGAUAUGGACUAAGACAGAUACUUUUUUGUCUCCUUCCAGCUUCCUAGAAGCCUAUUCUUGAUACUGGGGAAAACAAUUAAUAACUUCACCAAUCAAUGUUGACAACACUUAAGAAAAAUUAUGUUACUAAAAAAUAUAAAGAUGUGUUUCUUUAUCAAAAACCUAAUCAACAAUUUGAACUAAAGAUCUUCAUUUGAUCAGACCAUUAACAUAAUAGUUUUAAAAGUCUGGAUGGAGAGGAGACUAAUCCUCUCUUAUUGCUUCUUCAUUCUAAGACAUAGCAUCUACCUCCUGGCCCAAGGUGUCUGCUCUAACCACAGCCACCUAAUUUUCACUCGAGAGAGUGGAGUGGAAGCACAAGGAAUCACAGGUACUGCUCGCAGUCACGUACCAUUGGCUGGAGUCAAGACAUCAGCCACAUCUAGUUGCAGAGAAGUCAAGAAAAUGUCUUAUUUCUCAGUGCUGGGUGUCUUGAUAAGUGGGGGGGGGGAGCUCGAUUGUUAAAGAAAUGGUGGAAAAUUAAUACUGAUAGAAAAUUACCAGUCCCCCAAACAAAAGGAAAUGGAAAAAAUGCCAAGUCCUUUUCAGUAUCGUUUAUUUUCUCAUCAGUUUUACAAAUGAUGAGAUUAAAAUUCACUCUGUCAGCAUUUAAUGCUUUUCACAACAUUUUGUGUAGUAUCUCACUUGGCCUGCCUUACAUUCUUAUGCACUGACAGGCAUUUCCAUUCUUUUACAUUUGAUCAUUUGGAAUGAAGAUUCAGAGGUGUUGGAAGACCCCCCCACACACACACACACACAUACACACCAGUUCUCAUUCAUUUGCAAGGAAGUUGCUCAGAGCCUAUGGUCUUUCGGCCUUGGAGCUUUUCCUACCACUAUAUUCUGUUUGGCAUCAGUAUUGGGACUGGGAGUUGCAAGAAUGGGAAAUCUAAAUCUUUAUUGAUUUCUGUCUUCCUUCAACUUGUUGUUCCAUGGCUACAACCAGAGAAUCAAACUACAGCAUAAAACUGGACCAAAAAUAUGCUACAGUGACCUAGAAAAUGCCAUGGACAGGUCCAGUAGACUCUCAAUUCUGCCCCCAGUGAAGAGGCCUCUUCCUUGAACGAAAUGGCUCAGGAAAAGAGUGGUACAAGGGAGUCAGAGAAAAACACAGGAAUUCAGGGGGGACACUCAGAUACCUGCAGCUGGAUGUCGGCCCUAUUCCACCCUCAAACUAUCUAUCCAACACGGAGACUGAGGGGAUAAGCUUACAACUCCAAUGGGACACACAACAUUCAAGAAAUUCAGAAUCAGUAGCUGCCUGUUAGGAAAGCUUAAGGGUUGAUCAAUAGGACCUCUGCUCAUAAAAUGCCUCCCUCUCUCUACUUUUUCCCCACGUCACUGGUAUUUUAUCAGCAGCAUAUCGUUACAGUUAUUUCAUAUUUUAUUUGGUAUUCUUUUGCCCAUUGCUGGAGGAUGAAAUGCUUUAAGCUGUAAUAAAUAAACAACUUCACCCAAUCCAUCUGAUUCCUUACCAGACAUGUCAUGUGGCUGAGAAGAGGGUCAAAAUGGGGUCACACAAGACACAGAGGACUACAGACAGUAGGGCAGCUCUAGAAGAAAGUAGGGCCCAGAAGGACAGACCACCCAGAGACAGAUGGUUAAAAUAUGUGCCAGUCAAUAGUGGAAUACAGAAAAAUGGUGAAGACAUAGCUUUUGUCCUUAGGAUAAAAGGUAGCCCAGAAACAUGUGACUUAAUUCUUCUAGCCACUUAGAAAAGCACAAGAUGGGACACACCCACAAGCAGAAUUAGAGCCUCAGGUAGACCUGGGGUCUGAAGGCUGACUAGAGAGGAAGAGUUGGACUAAACAGAGAGCUGUUUUUCACACAGGCAAGAACACUCGGAUGUGAUCACAGCUGUGGUUUUAGGUUUUCCUUUUCCAUGGUUGUUAUUGUGUGUCUGCUGGUCACCAGAACUUCAUCUGAAAGCCUCCAGGCUGGGUGGUGGGCUGGCUUAGGUGACCAACGCUGCCCAGUUCAUGACUUCUGGGGAUAAUGCAGCUGUUCUUUCUCUCAACACUUCUGACUUCCCUUCUUAUCCUGUUCUGUCUCUACUGGACACUAGCCAGUGUCAGCUCCGUCCUCACCAUAUUCACCAGGACACAUCUGAGUGAAUUCUCUGAAACUCAGUGAGCCCUCCUAGGCAAGCAGGGGAAUUAUGAGUUUUGUCACCUCUGGGAUACAAUAGCCGUGGACCCAUCUUCACCGUCUGUCGUCAGAAUUGACCAAUAGCCGUGGACCCAUCUUCACAGUCUGUCGUCAGAAUUGACCAAUAGCCGUGGACCCAUCUUCACAGUCUGUCGUCAGAAUUGACCAAUGGCCGUGGACCCAUCUUCACAGUCUGUCGUCAGAAUUGACCAAUGGCCGUGGACCCAUCUUCACCGUCUGUCGUCAGAAUUGACCAAUGGCCGUGGACCCAUCUUCACCGUCUGUUGUCAGAAUUGACCUCUCUGCAGCAGUGCUGAGAGCCCUGAUUCCUGGCCUGUUGUGAACUCUAGAAUGCUCGCACGCCUCUGCACUUCUCGGCAAGGACUGGGGGUCCCUGAUGGAACACUGGAAUGCUGAAUUUGCAGACACUGACAUGAAGGUGUUUCUGGAGCCUGUCUUCUUCAAUAUCCACAGGACAGACUGCAGCUGUUUACCUUCAGCAAACUGAGGGUGACUCUAUGAGAUCUAUGUUCUGCCUCACUGUGGGAAAGGCCAGAGAUCAGGACUAAAAGUCCUCAGCUCUUGCUGGGAAAACAAUGUCCUGACAAGCAGUUUUGUGUGACUUAGCCGUGAUCCCACACCUUCCAUCUCCUUGUCAUUCUUUGUUUGAAUCAUAUGACCAAGAGUUUUCUUCCAGAAGUACUUUCUGGGUUUUGCUUGCAUUUUGUUCUUCUUCUAUUUUUAGUGUAUCAAAUCAAUGUUAGAAAAAUCUAAAUCUUUAUCUGGUGCCCCAUUCUAGAUGUAAGAUAGUUAUUCAAUAGAUGCAAAUUAUUUCUUCUAGGAGGUGUUUCUUCUUUUGUUUCUGUGCAGUAUGUAUGAACUUGGUUAUUAGGAGACUAUAUUGUGACAUUACCAACCUUUAUUGCUAUUUAAAAAAUAAUAGUUUGUAGAACUGAGAUUCCCAUUGAUGUGAAGCACAAAAUUUAAUGAAUAAGUUAACAUAUUAAACUGUUGUGAUGUCAAGAAUAA